AUGGUGCUGUUCCAAAGAAGGUCAAAGCAACGCUCGACCGAUACCUUGGUUGGAGGGCUUGCCACGGCCGAUUUUCUGACAUCCGUCUUUGUGAUCCCCGUUCCAAGGGCGGGAAGGGUUCCUUUGACCUGGCUUGGUGAGGUUUAUUGCAAGAUACAAGAACCGAAUAUCCCCAAAGAUAUCUGUGUAACAGCGUCUAUCUACAUCCUGGUCGCUAUAUCAAUGGAGCGUUACAUAGCCAUUGGACAUCCGAUCUAUUUCAACCGUAUCCUGACGCGUGGACGCGUGGCAAUAUCCAUAGUCAUCAUCUGGUUAUUUGCCAUCAUUACUUCUUUUCCUCGAGUUUUUACCACCAGUGUCCACAACAUGGACACCCGGAGCACAUCGGGCAUCUGUGCGUACAGAUAUGCUAACCAGACCAGUCAGAUCACCCUCUCCGUGUUUCUUUUCUGUCUCCGACUUUUAGUCCCAACGAUAGUCAUGUACAUAACGCAGAUCCUGAUAGCCAGUCAUCUCUAUCGACAUGCUCGCACGUUUCAAGGGCAGAAUAACGCAUCGUUUCAUGAUGUUGCUCGACGUCGUGUUCUCAAGUUAAUGCUGAUCGUCAUCGUCACCUACAUCAUCUGCUGGGGACCAACUAAAGUCGCCACCUUUCUCUUCUUCUUUGGAGUUCUUCCUCCGACUUUCAGAAAGAGUCGAGGAUGGACACUCCUCGUUGUCCUAUCACUCUUCAACUCCUGUGCGGCUGUGCCAAUCCUAUCAUCUACGCCAUCAGGUUCAAAGAGUUCAGGGAGGCGGUAUUCUCCAUGUUCAGGAAACAGAGGCGUCCUCUGA